AUGGAUGAUGAUGACGAUAAAACUUUAGUUGGUAGUCCACCUGCUACCUGUUGUCCAAAUUCUCCAAGUUUUGGUCCAAUAUCUGACCAUUUUGAUGUUUCAUCUGGUGUUAGUACACCUUCUGGUUCUCCACCAAGUUACAUCAAACCUGCUCUCAAGAAACCUGUUGAAUAUGACCCAUUAAAAGAUCUUAUUUCUUAUGCUUGUGAAAUGUUAUUGGAUUCUACCAAUACAAAUGGUGGUAAAAAAAUUCGACGUCACUCAAACGCCAAUCCAAUGGAAGUAAAACAAAAGAAAAAAUCCAUUAGGUUCUCACGUAAUUUGGAAGAAGUUCAUUAUACACCAACUCAUUAUACUAUGCGGCCUUCUCCACCACCUAAUCCUAUUCCUGCACGAAGAAGGAUGAGUAACCCAUUUUUCUGUAAAGCAGAAGAAGAAAAUAUGUAUUACAAUGGAUUAGGAAUUAACAAAUCAGCUGAUGGUUGUUACGAACAAAUGAUUGCCAAGGCAAAAGAACAAGUCAAAUAUACAGGAAAAAUGAGUUUACCAUUUGCAAAAGAUGGAUCAUGGAUUGGUGGAAAUUUACCUGAUGAUGAGGAUGACGAAUUUGUGAUGCCACCUGUUCCUCAAUUGGUUAGAUCUGCGCCAAGACCAAUUUCAAGAUCUAAGUCACGCGGAAUGCCACAACGUAGAUCUGCAAAUACUAUGCCACCGACUCAUACAGCAGCGUUCUCCCGUAAGUUGGUGUCACCUUCGAAUAUAGCUAUUGGUACGCCACGAAACGCCAUUCAGUUUAAACAUGUAACCAAUAAAAAUUUUGACGAUCAUGAAACAGGAGAAUCAGGAGUUGUGGAACGAUGUGUAAAUAUUGCAUCCAAUGUAAAAGAUGUUGUGACUUGGUGCAGUUCCAUGUUAUGGAACUCAACUGUGUUCUAA